UGGGGCGUGAACUUAAGAGUUGACAUGGAAAAAUACGACCACCGGAAUUUAGCUUGGUAACGUGCGUCUUAACCACCUUCACAUUAUACCUAUGGUGUCGGCUUAAAGCAGCUUUACUCAUCAAAACACUACCCAUCAUUCUACCUUCCUAAAGUGUACCCAGCAGCUGUUUGUGUCUGGCCGUGGUUCAAGAAGGUCCGAUCUGUUGUUGCUGCUGCCGAGUCUUCAUUUGAGAAGAGGAGGCUGAUAUUCAUCCCUCAAGUUCCCAGGGAUACCUCAGCUUGCCCUGAUGAAAGCCGAGCAAGACGGAGACCUCCUCGAAGAGGACUCUCCUCAGGACAAUGGAGUCCAGACAAACCAGUACAGCUCCAUCUCUCCUCCAGCCUCACCUGUGGCCCAGGAGGAACCUUUUUCUACAUACUUUGAAGACAAGGUGGCCAUUCCCGAAAGUGUCAACCAGGUAUUCAGUUUUCGAAAACUCUGGGCCUUCACUGGACCAGGGUUUUUGAUGAGCAUUGCUUACUUGGAUCCAGGAAACAUCGAGUCUGACCUGCAGUCUGGAGCUAAAGCAGGCUUUAAGCUCCUGUGGGUGCUACUUGUGGCCACCAUCAUUGGGCUGCUGUUGCAGAGGUUAGCUGCACGCCUUGGGGUCGUCACUGGGAUGCACCUGGCUGAAGUCUGCAACCGCCAAUAUCCCACAGUUCCUCGGGUCAUCCUUUGGCUGAUGGUGGAACUGGCAAUUAUUGGCUCAGACAUGCAGGAGGUCAUUGGCUGUGCCAUUGCUCUCAACCUUCUCUCUGUGGGAAGGAUUCCGCUGUGGGGAGGAGUCCUCAUCACCAUCACAGACACUUUCGUGUUCCUCUUUCUAGACAAAUACGGCCUGAGGAAACUUGAAGCUUUCUUUGGAUUUCUCAUCACUGUAAUGGCUCUUAGCUUCGGUUACGAGUAUGUGCUGGUAAAGCCAGAUCAAGGGGAACUUCUGAAGGGGAUGUUCUUACCUUACUGCGCCGGCUGUGGGCCUGUGCAGCUGGAGCAGGCAGUGGGCAUCGUAGGCGCUGUCAUCAUGCCCCACAACAUCUACUUGCACUCAGCGCUGGUCAAGUCUCGAGACAUCGAUCGGAAAAAUAAGAAGGAAGUAAAGGAAGCCAACAAGUACUACUUCAUUGAGUCAACUAUUGCUCUCUUCAUCUCCUUCCUCAUCAACGUCUUUGUCGUAGCGGUCUUUGCUGAGGCCUUUUACAAUAAAACCAAUAUGGAAGUGCAUGAAUUUUGCAAUAAAACUGGCAGCCCUCAUUCAGAUCUUUUCCCACAAAACAACAACACACUGGAGGUGGACAUCUACAAAGGGGGAGUGGUUCUGGGCUGUGUCUUUGGCCCUGCAGCCCUCUACAUCUGGGCAAUAGGGAUCCUGGCAGCUGGACAGAGUUCCACCAUGACAGGCACUUACUCGGGGCAGUUUGUUAUGGAGGGUUUCCUAAACCUACGGUGGUCCCGUUUUGCUCGGGUGCUGCUGACCCGCUCCAUCGCCAUCACGCCAACACUGCUGGUAGCCAUUUUUCAGGAUGUUCAGCAUCUGACAGGGAUGAACGACUUCCUCAACGUGCUUCAAAGCAUGCAGCUUCCGUUUGCUUUGAUACCAAUUCUGACCUUCACCAGUCUGACAUCCAUAAUGAACGACUUUGCAAACGGAUUGGUGUGGAAGAUUUCUGGAGGCGUCGUCACCCUGGUGGUUUGUGCAAUCAACAUGUACUUUGUUGUGGUUUACGUCACAGCACUGAACAGUGUGCUGCUCUACGUGCUUGCUGCUCUGUUCUCCAUUGCCUAUCUGUGCUUUGUGGGCUACCUGGUAUGGCACUGUUUGGUUGCUUUGGGAGUUUCUUGCCUGGACUUUGGCAGCAGGACACAAAUGGGAUUCUCUCGGCACACAGACAUUUACUUACUGAGUGACAUGGACACUGAUAAUCUGGUAGAGAGAUAGGAGGACACACAGUGAACUGUGGCGAGGACGACCUGGCGACCUGAAGCAUGGGACCACUGAAUACCGGCCAGUAUGUGUUUUUCGUCUUCACCUCUCUGUGCCUGACGUGUUAUUUUGAAGUGUCCUUACAGCACACAGUGUAAAGCGCCCACAGAUGUCCACUCCUGUUCGAAACAACGAUGGAUGCUCUUCAUCACAAACGUCUCAACAACCUCAGCUAAAUAAUGUUUAUGCAAAUAAUGGUUAAAUAUCUGGGCUCCAAAGAACUGGACCACUACAAGUGAAUAAAACAAUGACUUCA